UAUGAAGAUAAUAAAGAGCGGGAACACAUUAAUUUUUAACCCCCUCAUUUUUUUCCGAUGGCUACUCUCAGUUCCUUAACUUUUUCCCCAUUGAAUAUUCUACAAUUUCACCAACCCAAAUCCAAAAUAAAUUCAUUUUCAUUUAACAAAACCAACCCCAAAUCAAUCCCAUUUCCCAAUUUCAAGCACAAUUGCAAAUUUCCUAUGUCUUCUAAGGAGCCAUUUAUCUCUAAUCCAAAGAAUGUAUUCAAUGUUGAAUAUUCUGCUGGAGAAGCUGAGCCUGCUCCUGAUGUGACUCAGCAGGAGAGUUUUUCUUGGUCUUCUGUGGUUUUUCCGUUUCUCUUUCCGGCUUUGGGAGGAUUGUUAUUUGGUUACGACAUUGGUGCUACUUCUGGUGCUACCAUAUCAUUGCAGUCAGCUGAGCUCAGCGGGACAACAUGGUUCAACUUUUCAGCUGUUCAGCUUGGUCUUGUGGUUAGCGGCUCGCUUUAUGGAGCUCUGGCUGGUUCCCUCCUUGUCUAUCCAAUCACGGAUUUUCUAGGAAGAAGGAGAGAACUUAUUGUAGCCGCUAUGCUAUAUAUGCUCGGUGGUUUAGUCACUGCUUGUGCUCCAGACCUCGGAGUUCUUUUAGUGGGACGUCUUCUAUACGGUCUUGGCAUUGGCUUGGCUAUGCAUGGUGCUCCGCUCUAUAUCGCAGAAACUUGCCCCUCACAAAUUCGUGGAACUCUCAUAUCUCUUAAGGAACUCUUCAUAGUUCUUGGGAUAUUGUUGGGAUAUUUGGUGGGGAGCUUUCAAAUUGAUGCAGUUGGGGGCUGGCGUUACAUGUUUGGAUUUGGUGUCCCAAUUGCUUCAAUUAUGGCGCUAGGCAUGUUCAGUCUUCCACCCUCUCCGCGAUGGUUGCUUCUCAGGGCUGUUCAAGGCAAAGCAUCUUUUAAAGAAUACAAGGAGAAGGCCAUUUUUGCCUUGAGCAAACUAAGGGGUCGGCCACUUGGUGACAAAGAAUCUGAAAAGCAAAUAGAAGAUACCCUUGUCUCACUAAAGUCGGCCUAUUCAGAGGAAAAAUCUGAGGGUAGUAUCUUAGAGGUGUUUCAAGGACCAAGUUUGAAAGCCUUCAUAAUUAGUGGAGGUUUGGUGCUUUUCCAGCAGAUAACCGGGCAACCAAGCGUUCUAUAUUAUGCGGGUUCAAUUCUUCAGAGUGCUGGAUUCUCCGCAGCUUCUGAUGCUGCCCGAGUUUCUGUCAUUAUUGGUCUCUUCAAGCUGGCGAUGACAUGGAUAGCAGUCCUAAAAGUUGAUGAUCUUGGCAGAAGACCCUUGCUGAUUGGAGGCGUUGGAGGGAUUGCUUUUUCCUUAUUUCUGCUUUCUGCUUAUUACAAAUUUCUCGGAGGAUUUCCGUUUGUUGCUGUUGGAGCUCUGCUUCUCUAUGUCGGUUGUUACCAGGUAUCAUUUGGGCCAAUCAGUUGGCUAAUGGUGUCCGAGAUUUUCCCACUCCGUACUAGAGGACGGGGAAUAAGUCUUGCAGUUCUUACCAACUUUGGUUCCAAUGCCAUCGUAACAUUUGCAUUCUCACCAUUGAAGGAGUUGCUUGGAGCUGAAAAUCUAUUCCUUCUUUUCGGGGGUAUAGCUUUGUUGGCACUCUUGUUCACCGUAGUCUACGUCCCAGAAACUAAAGGUUUGAGCUUGGAAGAAAUUGAAUCUAAAAUCUUGAAGUGAAAGACUAGAAAGUACCAACACUUUUUAGCGUAAGCUUCUAGUGUACAAAAUGUUACGGUUAGUUUGUCAGUGUCGGAAAGGGCUUAAAUCGCAAGCUUUACGAUGCAUUUCAAAAUAUUAUGAGGAAGUAAUGUAUAUUUUGUUCUAAUGUGUAAAUACUGAAUAAAAAUAUGUUCCAUUGCUCUCUCU